AUGUCUACUGUUUCAGCACCGACAGGUCCUGUGGAUACUGUUGUGCCCAGCCCAGAGCCUAUUGCUAUUGUCGGCCUUGGUUGUCGAUUUCCUGGUGAAUCUGACUCCCCCGACGAGUUCUGGGAAUUCCUUCUGCAAAAGCAGUCAGCCUUUUCUCGACCGCCACUAUCGCGUUUCAACAUUGAUGGAUUUCAUUCGAAAAAGAAUAGUCCCGGUUCUCUGCGUCCGGAAGGUGGAUAUUUCAUCUCUGACUCAAUUUUUGACUUCGACCCAGCCUUCUUCGGGCUCACGCGAAGCGAAGCCUCGGCUAUGGAUCCGCAGCAAAGAAAACUACUGGAAUGUGUCUUUGAGGCGUUUGAGUCGGGUGGCAUUCCGUUGGAGCAAGUGUCUGGCUCCAACACAGGUUGCUAUAGUGGCGAGAUCGAUGCCGCCGUGAUGGCAACGGACAAGAUGGGUGUCCUCUCGCCUACUUCUACCUGUCAUACCUUCAGUUCAGAGGCAGAUGGAUAUGGCCGUGGCGAGGGAAUUGGCGCAUUGUACCUCAAGAGGCUCUCCGAUGCCAUUCGUGAUCAAGACCCCAUCCGUGGAGUAAUCCGGGGGACAGCGGCGAACUCGAACGGCAAGACCAGUGGUAUCACGCAGCCCAGCGCCAAAGGACAAGAAGCGGUGAUGCGGGAGGCCUAUCGCUUUGCUGGAAAUCUUGAUUACGCCGACACGUCCUACUUUGAAUGCCAUGGGACCGGAACUGCUGUCGGAGAUCCAAUUGAGACUAUGGGAAUCUCACGCGUGUUUCUACCGGAUGAUACGACCAGAGACUCGCUGCUAGUGGGUGCGGUCAAGACUAACAUUGGCCACGGUGAAGCCUCCAGCGCUAUGGCUAGCAUUAUCAAAGUGAUAAUGGCCAUGGAGAAUCGGAUUAUUCCUGCCACGAUCGGUAUCACUUCUUACAACCCUAAGAUUGACUUUCGUGACGGGAAGCUGCAAGUUGUUCAGGAAAAUAUUGCAUGGCCGGACAAUUAUCAUGUCUGCCGUGCUAGCGUGAACUCCUUUGGCUACGGCGGAGCUAACGCCCAUGCCAUUAUCGAAGCUGCGGACUCAGUCCUUCCUGGAUAUCGGUCUUUCGUUCGUAAGGGCGGGAAAACACUCUCCCAGUCACCUACUCUCGACAUGAUUGGAGUAAACGGCUCCAGUGUCCAGGCCAUUCCGCGCGAGGAGUUUAUCCUCCCCUUCUCCGCACACGACUUUCCCACUCUGAAAAACUCUCUGGCAAAUAUCCGGAAAGUGUCUGACCAGUACGAUAUAUUGGAUUUGGCAUUCACUUUGAGUCAACGUCGUUCUCGCUUCUUCAAUCGUGCUUACGCUGUUGUUGGUCGACAAUCCACGGUCGACGAUCUGGACGACGCAGAAAUAGUAUUUGGAAAGCGUGGCAAUGGCGCUAACAUUGCCUUUAUCUUUACUGGACAAGGUGCCCAGACUCCACAGAUGGGUAAGGAACUCAUGCAACAGUUUCCUUCUUAUCUUGCUACUAUUCGCAGGCUCGAUGGCAUCCUCGCCAACCUCGGCGAAGAUUCUCCGCACUGGACUAUCGAGGGAGCUCUCAUGGAGCCUGCUACAACCAGCCAGAUUCACGAUGUAGAGUUGUCACAGCCCCUUUGUACCGCUGUUCAGAUCGCUUUGGUCAAUCUACUCCACUCCUGGGGGAUAAUACCCCGUGCCUGCGUGGGUCAUUCUUCUGGCGAGAUAGCCUCUGCUUAUGCAGCUGGUCUUUUGACCGCGGAAGAGGCCAUUGUAUUUGCCUACUACCGGGGUUGGGCUGUUGGAAAGCUUAAUGUCCAAGGUAUGAUGUUGGCUGUUGGUGCCAGUCCGGAAGACGUCCAGCCUUUCCUACAACCUGGCGUUAUCAUUGCUUGCUACAACUCCCCCGGCAGUGUCACCCUUAGCGGUGAUUCCAAUGCGAUUUUACAAGUCAAACUCGCGCUAGAACAGGCCAAGAUAUUCGUACGAGAAGUGAAGACUGGUGGUCGGGCCUACCAUUCGCACCAUAUGAAGCAGGUCGGAACCGCCUAUGAGGAGCGUGCCCAGGCCGCGAUUCAAACAUUGACUGCGCCUGAUGGACCAAAAUUCAUUCGACAGGCUACCUUCUUUUCCUCUGUUACUGGGAAAGUCUUGGACAGUUUCAUCAAGCCUGACGCGUCGUACUGGCGCGCCAACCUCGAGUCCCCGGUUCGAUUUACUACCGCGGUCAAUUCAAUGCUAUCGGUAGAUGAGCUUGGCAUCAAUUACACGAUUGAAAUCGGUCCUCACUCUGCCUUAGCAGGUCCUCUACGUCAGAUCCGUGACAGCCUCGGCAGGACUUCCAAAGACCUCGAUUACUCUCCCACUUUGGUUCGUGGUGAGAGUUCCGUUACGCGACUUCUCACCGUAACUGGUGCCUUAUUUAUUAAGGGUUACCCUGUUGAUCUUGGCCGCGUUAAUGCCAUUGAGAAACGACAAAACCGUAGUUUGGGCAUUGAGUAUGGCACGACCAUUGUAGAUUUGCCGAGAUACUCUUGGAACUACACUGACACCAAGAACAUGCGCCUAGAAAAUCGCCCCAAUAACGAGGUCAGACACAGAGUUUUCCCCCACCAUGAUCUUCUAGGCAGCAUCCUUCCAGGUGCCAUGGAUAGCCAAAGACAGUGGAGAAAUCUUCUAGACAUCAAAAAUUUUCCUUGGCUAGAGGAACAUAAACUCGGCUCUCAGCCCGUCCUUCCGGCAACUGGAUACUUGGCUAUCUCCGUCGAAGCUGCAAGGCAAUACUUGCAUGGUAGAGCAAAAUUCGAUGGACCAUUUCGAUACUUCCUUCCUCACCUCACAAUCAAAGCUGCCUUGAACCUUCCACCGGCGGGAACAACUGUUGAAAUUCUCACCAGCUUGAGGUUCAAGAAAGUAUCCGAUUCGGUGUCUUCGAAGCAUGAGCUUAGCUUCACUAUCGCCUCCUGCUUCGAGUCAGUUUGGACAGAGCAUUGUGUCGGGACCAUCCAGCGGGAGUCUGUUAUCAGUACAGGUACAAUUUUCGAUGAGACUGCAUUGGCAGAGCCAAAGACACCGCAUACGUGGUACAAUGGCUUCAAGAAAAUUUCUUUGAAUUAUGGACCACCUUUCGCUGGACUCACGGACAUCUUGACGGACCCCGCAUUGACACAGUGCGUUGCUACCACUCCUAUGCUGGCCGAAGGCAUUGACCCCCAAGAUUCUUCCUACAUUGUUCAUCCGACCACCAUGGAUACGUGCGUACAGGCCAUUCUUAUUGCCGCACAUAAGGGCUCUUUGAAACAGCUGAACAGAUCGUUUGUUCCUGUCAGCAUGGAAGGUGUUUCCAUCUGGUCGAUGCACGGUGAAGCCAUCCCUCCUCUUCAAACUGCAUCGGGUAAAAUCCUCGCCGAAGGCACCGUAAGUAGUUUACGAGCACUUCACGGUUCUUGCCAGCUCAGUGUGAACGGAAAGCCUGUUUUCGAGGCCAAGAGAAUCAACAACAUCGUUUAUGCCGAGGAUCUCAACCCUGAACCGAAAUUAAACCGACAUCCCUACCUUCGCUGCCUUUGGAAGCCCGAUAUUGAGAAGCUUUCCGCAGGAGAUCUACAGAAGUUCUUCGUAGAACAGAAGCUAUCUAAGACGUCAUAUGUUGACGCUCUCCUUGAUGUUUUGGUUCAUAAGCAUCCUUCGAUGGAGAUUCUGAUUGUGGGGGCCAAGAACCCAGAGUUUUUGUAUUCUGUCCUGGAGGCCGACUCUACUUUGAGGCGGUUUAAGUCAGUUUCUGCACUCACUACGUCGGAAGAGCAGCUGCCUUUUUUUGAAAAAGCCAUAUCUACAACUGCAGCUAUCGGUCGACUUCCUGGCGAGACUCCCAACCUGGAUGGAAAGUUAUUCAGCCUCGCAAUCGUAGAGGCGAAUGGUGAUUUUUCUGAAAUCGUUUCUAAGUUGAAGUCACUUUUAAGCGCUGACGGGCGCAUACUUCUACACGGAGAUGCAAAGCUGACGAAAGACUGGGCUGUUGGUCUUCAAUCCCUGAAUUUAGAGAUCUUCGGAUCUUUCACCGAAGGCGAGACAUGGGUAACCUUAAUCAACCCACUAAAGCCUCUCUCAGCUCUUCCAGUCGAUGACCUCACGCUGGUUACCCGCAAACUUGGCACCGAGAUUGCUCACAGCGUGGAAAGAGAGCUUGUAAAGUACGGUCCUGUUGUCGAGACCGUUUCCCUUGCCGAUAACAGUAUUAACUGCAGCAACAAAACCAUUGUUGUUGUUGCAGAGACGGAUGGCACCCUCUUCAACCAGUCUAUGACUGACAAGGAGCUGAAGAAUCUGCAACGCAUCGCUGAGCAGGCCAAGACUAUUCUUUGGGUCACACACGGAGAUCUUCUUGUGGGGGCUGAUCCUAAUGCUGCUAUUGUCAUGGGUCUUGGAAGAUGUCUCCAAUCCGAGUACCCAACGUUAGAUUUCAUUUUCUUGGACGUCGACCACAGAGAAGCAAGUCCCCUCGCCAAACAAAUCCAUACCGUCCUCCAAACUAUUGGCACAGUUCCUACAGUCGAUCGCGAGUACUUGGUCAAGAACAACACAUUCUAUAUCAGCCGUCUGUCAGAUGACCGCGCUCAAGACGAGGCCUUUUCUGCCCUGCUUAACACUACAGCAAUCAAGCAACAAUACACCGCCGAUAAAAAGAUGCGCCUCAAAAUUGAGCGUCCCGGUCUGCUUGAAUCUCUCCACUUUCAAGCCGUGCCGCACGAAGAUAGCCUUAAUCCCGACGCAGCCGAAGUGGAAGUGAAGGCCAUCGGGCUAAACAUGAAGGAAGUUGCUACUUUCAGGGGCAGCUUCAACUCUUUAUCGCUCAGCCAUGAAGGCUCUGGUAUUGUUCGACGGGUGGGCGCAAACGUUACGAAUGUUAGAGUUGGCGACAAAGUCUGCUGGAUGGCAAAAGGACUUUUCCAGAACAUUGAGACCUUCCAGGCUAAGUUUCUGCAUAAGAUUGCCGAUACAGACUCUUACGAGGAGGUUGCAACUAUGCCAUUGGCCUUUUCUACAGCAGUUUAUGGUCUUCUCCAUCUCGGUCGCCUCAAGAAAGGAGAUUCUGUUUUGAUACAUUCCGGCACUGGCGGUGUAGGCCUUGCAGCUAUCCAGAUUGCUCAGAUGAUUGGUGCGAAAGUGUUUGCGACGGUCGGUACUGAGGCGAAAAAAACCUUUCUCCACGAAACCUACGGUCUUCCCCGCAGUCAAAUCCUAAACUCUCGCGACACUUCCUUCGUUGAGGGCAUUAUGAAGGCUACCAACGGCCGCGGUGUCGAUGUUUCCUUGAACUCGCUCGUCCGUGAGCAGCUUCAUGCCACUUGGUCGUGUAUUGCCACUCAGGGUCGCCACAUUGAAAUUGGUCUCACCGAUAUCCUCGACUACGGCGACUUAGAUAUGAGCGUCUUCAAGCGUGGCGCUUCCUUUUCAGCUUUCGACUUCGGGGUCGUGGCUGAUGAAACGCCCGAUGUCGCCGUGGCCGUCAUGCAGGAGGUCAUCGGCUAUCUCCGUGACGGCAAAAUCAAACCCUUGUCACCAUCUGAUGUUUAUCCAGCUUCCCAAGUCACGAAAGCCUUCAUGCAGUUUAACAACGCCAAACGUAUUGGGAAGGUUGUUGUCAAGUUUGAAGAGGAUGAUGAGACAGAUGUUUUCACAGCUCCCCAGAGACCUAUCUACUCUCCAGAUGUUUCUUACCUUCUAGUAGGAUGUCUAGGUGGUCUGGGACGCUGCUUUGCUCGGGAGAUGGCCAAGCAGGGUGCUCGCCACUUAAUCUUCCUCGGUCGAUCAGGUGACGAGAAGCCCGAGGCUUCUGUCAUGGUUAAUCGUAUGCGUAGCGAAGGUGUGGACGUCCAAGUAAUCAAGGGUGAUGUUAGUAAAAAGCAGGACGUCCUUCGUGCCGUCCAGGCAGCCAAGGUACCCAUCGCUGGUGUGCUGCAAGGUGUGAUGGCUCUCGAUGAUCGUCUCUUCUCCAAUUACGACAUCAGCAGCUGGAAUUACGCUAUUGAUCCCAAGAUUGCCGGUACCUGGAACCUGCACAAUGCCCUAGCAGAUCAACCUCUCGACUUCUUUAUCAUGAUUAGUUCUAUUUCAGCAAUGACUGGCGCCCCAACACAGGGUAACUACUGUGCUGCAAAUACUUUCCUGGAUUUCUUCGCUCGCUACCGUCGCCAACAGGGUCUUCCCGCCACCACGAUUGCGCUUAGCAUGGUACUCGAAGUCGGUUUUGUGAGCCAGAGUCUCAUUAUCGAGCAGGGUAUCUCCCGCUCGGGGAUUCACGGUAUCGAUGAGAAGGAUUUCAUUCGCCUCAUUGAAGCAGGCGUAGCACCACAGCCAGACUCAAAGUGGCUGUUCGAUCAGUCUGCCAGCUGCUUCCUCGUCUCUGGACUCGAGCCUGCCAAACUUUCUUCCGAUAUCGAUGUCAACGACUUCCGCUUCUGGCUGCAGCCACGUGUUGGACCGCUGCUGAAUGCUAUCCUUGCAUCUGGCGGGGAUGACGCAGGGACUGCGAAGGCUAAAAUCAGUCUGGACCUACCUGGCAUCAUGGAACAGGUUAUAGCGAAGUUUGCGAGAACCUUUAGUCUCGAGGCUGAUGACAUUGAUCCCAUGAAACCACUAUCAAGCUAUGGCAUGGACAGUAUGAUCGGAACAGAUCUCAGGAACUGGUGUUACAAGCAGUUAGGAGCUGACAUCCCCACAUCCGAUUUCAUGGGACCUUCUCUAACAGCUCAAUCGCUGGCUCAGAAAGCAUUCUCUCUUCUAAACGUUUAA